CCUGGUCCCCCUCCCCCGUCCCCAGCACACCCCUAGGUCCCACUGCCCUGCCGGGACCCAGGUGUCCGGCCCCUUUCCCCCUUGUCCCUGGCUGCCCCCCCCGACCACCUCCCCCUUCCCCAUCUCCGGCUCCCCUUUCCCCACACCCCCACCCCGGAAUCCAGGAGCCCAGCCAUAACCGCCCCCUUCCUAAUCUUCCCAGGACCCAGGCGUCUGGGCCCUGCACCGCCAGGAACUGGGAGCCCCAGACCCCACCACCCUCCUUCUUAAUCUUUCCAGGACCCAGGUGGCCGGGCCCUUCAGAGCUCCUGGCUCUGCCCCUGGGACCCAGGACUCCUACCCUCCCGUCCCCCCGCCGAAGGGGAUGGAGACAGAGGGACCCCUAGAAGAAGACCGGCGGGACGACGAUCAGAGCGGACAGUCCGACCAGCAGGCUUGGCCCCUGGGGAGCCGCGCCCGGCCCUGGAGAUCCGCCCCUCCCUCUCCUCCUCCCUCCAGAGACCACCACCCAGCCUCCACCCCCCACUCGGCCUCGCUCCUGUCACUCCAGACGGAGAUCUUCCUGGACCUGGUGGCCGAGGCCCAGUCCAAGCGGCUGGAGGAGCAGAGAGCAGAGUUCGAGGGGGCGGCCACGGCUCCGGCCCGGGCCCGGCCCCCCGAGGAGAAGGAGCAGCUCUACAGCACCAUUCUGAGCCACCAGUGCCAGAGGAUCGAGACUCAGCGGUCGGAGCCCCCGCUGCCCCCGGGGGGGCACGAGCUGCUGGAGCUGCUGCUGCGGGUGCAGGGGGGCGGCCGGAUGGAAGAGCAGCGGUCCAGACUGCCCGGAACCCUGCAAGCACCCCCCGCGUUCCUGCUGAGAGACCCCUACUCACCCCAGAGCCCUCCAUCCAGCCCCAGGGGGGCUCCUGCUGACAGCCCUCCCAUCCAGCCCUGAGCGGGUUCUGCCGAGAGAGCCCCACCCAGCUCCGAGAGAGGAUCCUGAGAGCCCCCCACCCAACCCCGAACGGGUCCUGUUGAGAGGCCCCCCACCCAGUCCUGAGAGGAUCCUGAGAGCCCCCCACCCAGCCCCGAGCAGGCCCUGCCGAGAGCCCCCCCGCCAGCCCUUAGAGGGUCCUACUGAGAGGCCCUCACACUGCGGGUCUGAGCAGGCCCAGAGAAGCCAGGAGAGAAGCCCAGCUUGGAGGAAAACUCAGCAAUCCCUCGAGCCGCGACCCCUCUUGGCGUGACCCCUCCACGCUGCCCCUGAGAUCUGCACACCCCCGGGACCCCAGGCUGGGCCGAGGCCUCUCCGGACCCCUGCUUGCCACCACCUCCGGCCCCUCGGACUACAGCCUUGGGGUUUGGGUGGGGGGAAAAGGGGGCAGAAACCCCACCCCUGACCCCCGACAGCUCAUCGCCUCUCAUGCGACCCGACCGGACCGGACGGGUCUCUCAUCUUUCCAGCUCCACCGGGCCCCAGGCCUGACCCCGCUCCCGCUGGACCAUCGGGUCUCCCUGCCUCGGCCUGGCCCUCCCGGGAUGGAAGACAAAGAGGAACCCUUCCGGACUCAGAGCCGGGGGGGUCCCAGGCGUUCCUGGCCGCCCACACUGUGGCCCCAUUUGGGUCCUCGUGCUGCUCGGGGUGGGGGGCUCCCUGGGGAGCCCCAGGGAGGCGCCUGGGGAGGGGGGCGGGUGGACUCCGUUCGGAUCGUGAAAUAAAUUAAAAUCCUCUUGGG